UGGCUUGUUUUGUGCAACUUCUUAGUAAUCCUACAAUACCUAAAGUCAAAAAAUAAUGCCUAGGAUAGCAUCAACAAGUGCGCCAAGAGAUCCAUUAGAAAUAGGUAGAGUUAUCGGAGAUGUUUUGGAUCCCUUCAAUAGGUCUGUGACUCUUAGAAUCAGCUAUAACAAUAGAGUGGUUACUACUGGAGGAGAAUUUAGGCCAUCUGAAGUUGUUAGCCAACCUAGAGUCGAGAUUGGAGGUGAUGACCUUAGAACUUUCUACACCUUGGUAAUGGUGGAUCCCGAUGCUCCUAGCCCAAGUAACCCGCACCUGAGGGAGUACUUGCACUGGCUGGUGACUGAUAUUCCUGGGACCACUGGUGCAUCCUUUGGUCAAGAGGUGGUUUGCUAUGAAAGUCCACGACCACCAAUGGGGAUACACCGAUUUGUAUUUGUGUUGUUUCAACAAUUAGGAAGGCAAACUGUUUAUCCACCAGGAUGGCGUCCAAACUUCAUAACUAGAGACUUUGCUGAACUUUAUAAUCUUGGACUACCAGUUGCUGCUGUCUAUUUCAAUUGUCAAAGGGAAGGAGGUUGUGGUGGAAGGAGGUUGUAAUUUCGAUCUCCAUCUUAUGUUUCUCUGGCAGCUCCUUAAUUUCGCACUUAAUUAAGAUAUUCAUAAUUUUAGUACACCUUUUAACGCUCUACUCAUAUAAAAAUAUUAUAUAUAUGUAUACUUAGUAUUUUAUAGCUCUACCUAAAUAUAUUUGCCUUUUUUGUAUCAUGUGACUCGUAGUACCGACUCACAAAAUACAAAAUGAUCAAAGUUGUAGUAAGAAACUUAAGCAAUUAUAUGCAUUGUACUAAUUCAUGGGCUUGAAUAAAACUAGUGAUUCUCUUUUGUAUAACUUUUUUUGCUUU